AUGGAAAUUCCCAGGAAAGAUAGUCGUGGGUCAGGGAUUCAACCCUUCCAACUAGUGACCCCCCAGGAACUUAUCGACAAAGAUAUCAACAGCAACACUAAUGGCCCCCACGGUAAUGGUAGUGGUGGUGUGUCACAAAUUAAUGACACUCAGAAACAAUCUGCAAUGAUGAUAUCUAAUAUGACUCAUGACGAUUCUCAGAUGAAAAAAUCCAAGAAAGGAUCUGUUGAUAUCGAGAUGGAAGAUAUUGGUAGACGGUUAUUCCAUCCAUCGUUGGAAAAUACUAGAGAUUUAGAGAAUGAAAUUGCCAUAUUAAUACAACAGUUGAAUAAAAGACAACGGAUAAUGACAAAUAAUUCUUCUACUACUACCGCUACUUCAACUCCAGAUAUAGUAAGUGAUGCGAAAGUGAUAGAUGUAUUAAAUAAGUCGUUAAUGGCAUUAUCUCACUGGACGUUACAGGGCCAACUGUUACAAAUGUCAGAUAUAAGAAGAAACGACAGGGUCAAUAACAAUAAAACAUCUUCAAAUACUCCCUUAAUGGAAAGGCAAAAUAAUAAUGUAGAGGGAACCCCAAAGGCUAGAAGUACAACAGUUAAGAUGUCAGUAUUAUCACCUCCAAGACAACCUCAUAUCGAAAUCUCCCCAAAGACGGCAGUAGUACAAACAAAUGGUCCUCAAAAAGUUAUACGGUUUGGUCGUAUACGGAAACCUCGUCAAUCAAAGACUAUAGAAAUUCCCAAACCUGCAUUAAUAGUCAAGAAUGCUAACUCUCCAAUCAAUGCAGCAGCAAGGUCAACAACUGCAGCCAUGUAUCUUACCUCGCCUACAAACAAGACAUCUUCACCUAGCAUGAGUGGUAACAACAACAACAACAACAAUAACCAUAGUAUUAAGAUAACAACCACCACACACGGAGUAUACAAAUUAUCAGAAACAGAGUGUACUCCAGUGACGGUAUCGACACCGAUAACUACAGCAGUACCAAAGAAGAAAAAGAGAAAGACCCUUACACAAGAAACCAUGACGCAUACGAUCGAACCAAAAUCGAAGAAUGAGCUCAUCCGCGUGUUUCAUGUCAAAAAAUGA